GGCGCCACGUGACGGCGGGCGCGGACCCGGAAGCGUUGCCAUGGCGGCCCCGCUGUGCGGCCUAGUGUCGGCGCUGGAGACCUGCCGCGGCCGCGACCGCCUGAUGCGCACUCUGUGCUACGGCUGCCAGCUGGUGGGGGGCGCCGUGGCCGCGGCCCGGCAGGGCCCCGCGGAGCCCCCCCUGGCCCAGAGCCUGCUGGCGGCGUCGGCCCAGCUCAGCCAGUGCCGCACGGUGCUGCGCCUCUUCGACGGCCCCGCCAUGCUCAGCCACACCCGCCACUACGGCCUGGGCCCCACGGAGGAGGACGCGGUGGUGCGCUGGCUCUCGGUGCUGGGCAACGUGGCCGACCAGCUCUACUACCCCUGCGAGCACGUGGCCUGGGCGGCCGACGCCGGCGUGCUGCGCGCCCGCUCGCGGCGCUGGUGGGCGCUGAGCACGGCGCUGUGGGGGCUCUCGCUGCUGCUGGGCAUCCUGCGGUCUCUGAGAAUCUUGUCUCGGCUGAGAAGAAGGAUGCGAGCGCGCACUGGCGAGUCCCCACAGGAGAGGCUGAAGAGAAUGAAAGCCCAGAUGAAGUCUGAAGUCUUGAGCAUCCUCAGCAGCAUGGCGGACCUCUCCAAUGCCAUCCACUGGCUGCCACCAGGAUUUCUCUGGGCCGGACGGUUUCCUCCAUGGCUAGUAGGUCUUAUGGGGACCAUAUCAUCCCUCGUUGGUGUCUACCAGACAUAUGUAGGGGAAAACGCUGGGACUGUGUGAACCAUACGUUCAGGUGCAGGAGCCCAAGGUGUCUAUGGUAAAGCAUAGAAAGAAGCAUAGGACUGAUGUGCCUGCUGCAAAGGCAAAUGGCGGGGGGAAUAGUACGAGGACGGCCUGGCUCAGGGUUUUCAGAGACAGAAAAAGGACUUCCCACUUCCCGCCUGCGGCUGCUGGAAGGCAAGGGCCCGUCUGCGUCCUCUUGGCGCAGAAACCUGGGGCUGGGGGAGCGGGUCUGACAGCAACACACCAACCUGCAGCUUCCCGCCCCGCUGCCCCCCGGCACGAGCUGGAGCUUGUGCAGUGCUGCGACAGAGCAGCCCCUGCCCCGCUGCUUCCAGCUGCCAGGCCAGGCGCUGCCACAGCAAGAGGCACCUGACGCGAAGGGGUUGACUUGUCUGCCUUCGCUCCGUGGAAGUCUCGUUUCUUUGAUCUUUAAGCCUCAAACCAGAGCUCCUGCCUGAAGAGACGGAUGUUCAAAGGCUGGUGUUGGUGGCUCUCUCACACUUGGGCUACAGGUGGGACGGUGAGGAGCUAAUGAUCACUGACCCGUCCUGGGUGGGUUUUGGGAAGCUCGCCCUUUAGUGUGUGUGGCUUCUCUGAGCAGACAAGUUCACAGCAGAGAUCUCGUGGUUUGCUCAGAACAAGCAAAACGGCGUGGUACCUUCAGGUGAUGCUCAUCAUGGCGUGGCCGUCUCCGGCCCCUGCUCUCAUCAGAACCUAGUUGCUUUUUAAAAAGGAAUCAAAUGCAUUUUAAUGUCGAGGGGACCAAUCCUGGACUGCCGAAACCAGUCGUACAACAGCCAGUUUAACUGUUCCUCUGGCUGUGCCAAAUAAAGAGCUGACCACUUCA